GAAAGACACCUCCAAGUUGCUCCCGGUUACGACACCUCUAGUCAGGAUAGAAGGAAAGGGAGUGCUGCUAGAGGAGGCUAUCGAGAUACCAGUCCUAAUGGGCACCUAAACCAAGUGCAGAAUAUUUCAACAGAACUUCAUGGUUAUUUAGAUAGACCUGGCAUAUACCCGGCCGUGAAAUUCCUUACGGAAGAUGGUGUGGUUACAGGGAGAGGCAACCAAUCAGCCUUCCGUAAAUGCAUCUCCUCUCGUCUAAAAGGAAAGAAGGCCCUAUUGGUGGAAGAUCAGGGAAAGGUGAUGCCCGAAAGCAAAGAAAGGCCAACAAAACUUUUUGAGGAACUGCAAACCGUCAAAUUGAAAGAAAAGGGCCGGUCGACAUGUCAAAAUAAGUAA